CAGGCUUAAAAAUUUUUCUUUAGUUUAAAAAACUUCUGAAAUUUAAAAAAAUUUAAAACAUUUAAAAAUUAAAAAGUAUGCUUUGGGCAUGGAAAGAACUGGCUAGAGCUUUAUUUUCCCUUAUGAGUUUAAUGAAAUCAAUUUUGGAGUUUUUCAUUUUAAUUGGUAAAUUUAAGGAGGUCAUGAUAACUAACAUUUAAUGUACUGCUUAUUGUUCCUGAGUACUAGUCUAUACUUAACAUUUAUUAACUCAUUUAACCCUCACAGCUACUCUAGGAGGUAGGUUAUUUCUUUCAUUUUAAAGAUUUGGAAAAUGAGGCGACCCAAAUUCAUAGUUGGUAAAUAAUUGUUGCCAGGAUUCCUAUCUAAGUAGUGUCAUUCUAGAACCAGGUUCUGAAGCUUCUCAUUUAUGGCAGUCACUUUUAAAAUUUGGUAAUGUGAUAUAAAGGAACUGCUAUCAGAACCACCAGGAAUUCUGUAGUGUAUCUUCUUAUGUAAGGAAGCAGAUUUGAUAAGGCCAUAUUUUAAUAUGAAUCAGGUUAUGAAGGAAACAGUUAUCUAUGAUAUAAUUCAUUACUUUCUCGCAUUUCAUUUUCUUAGGAAUGUCUGUGUUAAAGUUGAUUAAACACUGCCAUGUGGUAUCUGAAAGGAAAAGAAAUCUUACUGAUUUAAUUUAACAAAUUAAACCUAUUGUCUUAUUUUCUUGCAUUUGAAGGUCAUUAAUAGGUGGGAAUCUUCCUGUUGUCAGAAACAUAUGGGUACAUUUUGAGUUGUUGGGCAUGUUCUUAAUGGUCUUCCUACUAUGUUUAUCUCUUUUGCUGAUGAGCUUAUUGCAUCAGAGUUAGACAAAUCUUUAAGUACUGAUACAGAAAGCCUUCCAGGACGUAAAGAUUUAUCUAAGUUUUAGAAGUGUAUGUGUAGUAUGUACUUACAUACUAUGUAUAGUGGGAAUCUUUUUAUUUUUUAAAGCAGCGUAGGUGAUUGUGAUGAUGAGCCGGGUUUAAGACUCCUGCCCUAGUAGGCAACACUUCUUUUCAGUGAAAUUCCAGGUCUAAGAUAAUUUUAUGUAUGUAGCCAGAAAAUGAUGUUAUACUAAUUAUUCUUAGCAACUUUUGCUUUUCCUUUUUUCUUUUCUUAUUUCUCUACAAUAGUUUAUGCCAAAGUGGCUUCAUUCAUACGGAUGAACCAAGGAUUGGGAUAGCGCUGUACAAUUAGAAUCAGACAGCAGAUUGCCCAGCAGGAUGCUGUCAACUACCCCAACAGAGGGCCUGAAGGACCCUGAAAUUGCAGAACUCUUCUUCAAAGAAGAUCCAGAGAAGCUCUUCACAGAUCUCAGAGAAGUUGGCCAUGGAAGCUUUGGAGCAGUGUACUCUGCACGAGAUGUGCGCACCAAUGAAGUGGUGGCUAUCAAGAAAUUAUUUUAUACUGGAAUGCGGUCUACGAAGAAAUGGCAGGACAUUAUUAAGGAAGUCAGGUUUCUACAAAUAUUAAAACAUCCCAACAUUAUAGAAAACAAAGGCUGCUAUUUAAGUGAGCACACAGCAUGGCUUGUAAUGGAAUACUGUAUAGGAUCUGUUUCAGAUUUUCUGAAAGUUCACAAAAAGCCAUUACAAGAAAUGGAAAUAGCAGCAAUUACACAUGGUGCUCUCCAGGGAUUAGCCUACUUACAUUCUCAUGCCAUGAUCCAUAGAGAUAUCAAAGCAGCAAAUAUCCUUCUGACAGAACAAGGCCAGGUGAAACUUGCUGACUUUGGAUUGGCUUCCAUGGUCUCUCCUGCCAGUUCUUUUGCGGGAACGCCGUAUUGGAUGGCCCCAGAAGUAAUUUUAGCCAAGGUUGAAGAACAACAAUAUGGUACUGAAGUAGAUGUAUGGUCUCUUGGUAUAACAUGUAUUGAACUAGGUAAGCAUUGCUCUUUAUUACUGUGUAGUAAGUUUUGAUCAAUGUUUUACCUCAAUUUCUGUACAAAAUUACAGAUUUUUAUUUUUA